GAGAAAGAGAAGAAAGGAAAAGAGCGCAAAAAGAAGAGGAGGAGGGUGAUGAUGAAGCUGUGGAAACGAGCUUCCGGUGCUCUCAAAGACCGUAAAAGCUUGUUUUCCAUCAGCUUCUCCCGUAAAACCUCCGUCCGUAACCCUGAUCUUGACUCCGCCAUCAUCCACGCAACCUCUCACGACGACUUAUCCGUCGACUACCACAAUGCUCACCGUGUCUACAAAUGGGUCCGCUCCUCUCCCGCCAACCUCAAGCCCCUUGUUCACGCGCUUUCCUCUAGGGUUAACCGUACAAGAAGCUGGAUCGUCGCCGUGAAAGCCCUAAUGCUUGUCCACGGUGUCCUUUGCUGCAAAGUCACGUCCCUACAAGAGAUACGUCGCCUCCCUUUCGACCUAUCUGACUUCUCCGAUGGUCAUUCACGUCCAAGCAAGACUUGGGGUUUCAACGCUUUUAUCCGAGCCUACUUCUCGUUUCUUGACCAGUACGCUUUCUUCUUUUCCGAACAAAUACGUGGUCGUGGCAAAAAAACUCAGGAAGAUUCUGUUGACCAAGAGCUGGAGAGGAUCCAGAAGCUUCAGUCUCUUCUCCAUAUGCUACUCCAGAUCCGUCCCAUGGCUGAGAACAUGAAGAAGACGCUUAUCCUUGAAGCCAUGGACUGCGUAGUCCUCGAGAUCUUUGACGUUUAUGGAAGAAUCUGCAGUGCCAUCGCCAAGCUUCUGAUCAAGAUCCAGCCAGGUGCUGAAAAAGCUGAAGCUGUGAUGGCUCUCAAGGUUGUAAAGAAGGCUACAUCUCAAGGAGGAGACCUAGCUCUCUACUUUGAGUUCUGCAAAGAGUUUGGUGUCUCAAAUGCUCACGACAUCCCUAAGUUUGUCAGAAUCCCCGAAGAAGACAUUGAAGCAAUCGAGAAAGCCAUUAACGGAGUCGAAGAGAAAGAGGAGACAAAGGACGAGCAAGAGGAAGUAGAGGAAGAAAAGAGUAUCAUAUUAGUGGAGAGACCAGAGUUCAAGACAAUCAUAACCGAUAAAUGGGAAGUUUUCGAAGAUGACUUGUGUUUCACAUGUAAGGAUAUUAAAGAAACUGACCAACAUAGAGAGUACAACGUGGAUCCGAGUCUGCUGCCUCUUAUAGUUAUUGAUGAGCCAGUUUACUUCACUCACACGUUACCGGAUUUAAUAACCUUCUAAUGGCAAUUUGAUCAGAUUCCUUUUUAUUGCUUGGUUCUCUUAUGAGAUAAUUGCUCUUUUUGUUGGAUGUGCGGAUGAUAAUAAACAUUAGAUAUAUCUCAAAAUU